AUGCUGUCCUCUGCCCUACAGGAAAUGGCAGGCAAGUUUUGGACAUAUCUAGCUUUCUUCUUUCUCCUGGCAAGUCUGGCUGUCAUCAUUACUAUGUCCGUGAUCCAGGGUCAUAAGCGUGUCUUUGAGUCACGUCUGAAGUAUGGCAUAGUAAUCGACUCAGGCUCCUCCCGCUCUACUAUGUAUCUGUAUCAAUGGCCAGCCGAGAAGCAAAAUAACACUGGAGUGGUGAGCCAGACACUCAGAUGCAUGGUCGCUGGCCCUGGUAUCUCGGAUAUGUUAGUUGACAAUGCACAGGACCAACAGUCCUGGGCGUCAAUCAGAGAAUGUAUGAACAACAUCACAAAAAUCAUCCCCGCAGACCAACACAAUUCAACCGUCAUCUACCUUGGGGCAACUGCUGGGAUGAGACUGCUACAUUCACAGAAUGAAACAAAAUCCAAUGAGAUUUUAAGGAACCUGCAGAACUACCUCCAAUCUCUGCCGUUUAACUUCCAAAACGCCUCCAUCAUGUCAGGGGACGAGGAGGGGCUGUACGGCUGGAUCACCGUCAACUAUCUGAUGGGAAACUUCCUCGAGAGAAACAUAUGGAAUAUGUGGGUGCGGCCUGCCGGAGGGAAUAUGGUGGGUUCCAUGGAUCUAGGAGGGGCGUCCACCCAGAUAGCGUUCACCCUCCCAGAUCCCAACGCCCGGGGAACAGACAUCAUACGGGUCUCCCUUUAUGGCUACGAAUACAACAUCUACACUCACAGCUUCCUGUGCUAUGGGAAGAACGAGGCAGAGAAGAGAGUCCUUGCUGCUUUAGUGAAGAACUCUGAGAAUGCUACACAUGUGACCAACCCCUGCUUCAAUCUUGGUUACAACAUGACUGUGUCGGCUGAGUCCAUCUUUGGGACUGAGUGCAUAGAAACUCCUGCCGACUACGACCCCAAGCAGAUGAUCACCCUGAAGGGGUCAUCAGACAACGGAGCCUGUAGGGACGUGGUGCAAUCCAUAUUUGACCUGACCUCCUGCACGAAGAACUGUUCCUUUGACGGAGUAUACCAACCAUCCGUGGGACCCGGGGACUUUCUGGCCUAUGCUGGGUUCUUCUACACUGCUCAGGCUGUUGGGCUGAAAGGCAUUUCACAACUGAACCAGUGGAACUCCUCUACCUGGGAAUUCUGCUCCUGGGACUGGCCCACCCUCACGCUAAAAAAGGGCUGGAUAGCUGAAAAAUACAGAAAGUCCUACUGCUAUUCAGCUCAUUACGUCCAGACAUUACUUGUAAAUGGCUACAAGUUCAAUAAAGACACUUGGAAACACAUUGACUUCCAAAAACAGGUACAUAACACAAGUAUAGGCUGGAGUCUGGGCUACAUGCUACAUACAUCCAACAUGAUCCCUGCUGAGGCCAAGCUGGUGCGUCUGCCCAUGGCCAACUCUGUGUUCGGUGGCCUCCUCUUCCUCUUCACCGCCCUCACCAUCGUCAGUGUCAUGUUCCUGGUCAUCAAGGCUGUGCGCGCCUGCUACUGA